UAGAAAAAUGGGUAUUUGUAGAUUUUUGCUCUCUAGGAAGGAAGAAGUUUCUCUUUUUGACAAUGGCCUUAGAAUUGAAUCUAGCCUUAAAAUUUUGACUAAUGAUAAGUGGUUAAGUCGUUAUGUUGUUUGUCAACGCCGUUGUCUUGCAGAACCGCCUCUAAUUGGAAUUUUCAAAAACGCAAAAAGGCGUGAACGAGGUGAACAUCUUGACCUUUUUUACUUGCAUAAUUACAUUGGAUAUGAAUAUGGCUUUAAAUUCAAGCAUUCAAAUAAAACACUUGCAAUAUUAAUUCAAAGCCAGACGCUAGUUUUUUCAUUUGACAAUGUUGAAAGUUUGGUUUUUUGGAAAGAAUGGCUUAAAGAUGUGUGUGGUCGAAGUGCCAUGUUUUUUGUUAGAAUUUAUUCUGCUCCAAAAGACAAUUCUACAACAAGGCUUUGUUCUAAAGGUGCGCGGAUCCACAUCACAGUUAAGAAAUAUACUCUUUACAAAAACUUUGAUAAUUUAGCGUUAUGCUCUCGUUAUUGUCCAAGAAAUGUUGAGUGUGUUCAAAACAAAUUUGCUUUCCGUGCAAUGUCAUAUGCAUGGAAUCAGCCGCGUACCUUUAUAUUCACUAGUGAACAAGUUCCAGAAUUGACUGCAAAGCUUCAGUGUUUGUUAAAGGCCAAGCAAUAUUUCAAUCAUAGCAAUCAAGUAAGCAGACUUUCAUCACUUAAAAACAGUUCUUUGGGUCAAACCUCGACAGCUAAUCAUCCAAUGCAACAAUUUUUUGCUCCAUCGCCAAUAUUUUAUGCAAAUGACAAUAGUGAGGGACAUCAUUCACCUAUCCCGUUGUUUACAUCUUUAUAUGCUAAUGAAAACGAUGGUCAGCAUAAUCAAAUUUUUCCUUCGUUAUAUGCUAAUGAAAUGGAGCGAAAAACUUUUAAUUCGCUUUAUUUAAAUUCUAUGGUGGCAGCUGCUUUUUAA